UAGGCGCACUGGUACUCUUGUUCCUGGUAAUUAUGAAUUGCAUGUUCCAAUCUCUUUUUCUUUGUGCGAAUAUACUCUUUCAUGAACGUGCCAACAUAUCUGUUCAUCCACGUAGGAUUCUUAAUCGCACGCGGAUCUGAGCCUCGACAAUCUCUACUUCCUUGAUGUUGAGAACCGGGAUGUGCUUUCUCCACCAUCCUCUAUAUAUAUACGAUGCGCGGUGGAUAUCUUGCCAUAACGAUCUCGUUAUCCGGGUUGGCAACUUUUAUUGGCCACAUGCGAGCGUUGCUACUGGUACCCCAACACAGCAAGAGUGAGGACAUAGUCAAAUCAUCCGGGUUAAUCACGGAUUUGAGAAUCUCUUCGAGAAUCUUGCGCCUCUCGCGGCGGCCUUUGCGGGGGUCGAAAUCUGGCGAAUCUCUGAGGUCUCUACCCUUUUUUGAUGCAGGUGAAUUGCAUAAGUUGUGGCGUCGCCUGGUAGGGAUGCUCUUUAGAGGGUCGAGUCAACCAGACGGGUUCUCUUGGGCUGCAAUUUGAGGAAGUUUGUUGCUGACUGAAAUAGCCGAUCAUGUUGAGCAUUCGCUGUAGGUAAAGAAGGUGAUCCCUAGCUAAGGGAAGAUAGGUAUCCAUAUCAAAAGUCAACAUUCUUGAGAAUGGACCAGUAGCCUCUGAGGAUUCCGCAUUUGAUAAGAUUGCUUAUCACGCGGAGGCUGGCUAUAAUCAGAGAUGAGACAGAGCUCCUCUAGAUCAAAACAGAUUCGGACUCGGAAAUGAAGCUUAUACUGAUGGAGGUUCGCUUCCUCAGUUCCUCAGGACAUUAUAAUAAUAUAAUACCUAGGUGGGUAUAAAU